AUGUCGCUUUCAACCGUCAACAACGCCCCGGUCAACGCCAACGCUACCGAGAACGAAGUCCCUGUUAACCAGAUUGCAGGAAGCACACGAUGUGCCAAGGACGGCUGCAACAACUGGGCUGAGGCGAACUCCAGGUUCUGCUCCUCUCACCAGGGUUAA